ACAGAUCAUUUGCGGGUCCCUGCCAACUUUAUCUCCCAUUUACCCUUUCUAUUCUUGUUAAUUCGAUUUGGACGUCGGGGUGACAUUUUGUGCAUCCCCAAAUAGUAUACGAGUCCACCACGAGAAGUGGGAUACAUCGUAAUUUGCUGGAAGCUCCAGAUGUACCAGUAGAUCUUAUUCACCAGUUUCAUCAUCUCUCACGAGAAGGGAGGGAAAAUGUCAUGUUGGGGGGUGACAGUUGGUAAUAUAAGUAGGAUUGGAAUGCAGGAUUUCCUAGGUCACUCCAGCUUACAUCAAUGCAUACCUAGUUUAACUGAAAGCUAACCUGAUGUGGAGAGCUUCUUUGAGAUCAGACCUUGAUAUCAGCAGUCCAAUUCACUCCACCACGAUUUGGUCGUUUGUUGCGCCAUCUUCCCGGUAACUUUUACAUCAUUCAACGCGUUUGCUAGCCAAUCAGCCAGCAUUUCAACCCGUUAUGAGACAACUCGACCAAGCUACAAUAGAAUGUCAAGCUUUCUGUGGGCAAGUUGUGGAGGCUGACGACAUCGUUCAUAUCGAAAUCUACCCCUCAAUUACCUUGAUUUAGCUUGUCAAAUACUUGUCAAAGAUGCUUUUGGACCAAGUACAAUGAUACAAAUACUUCGCUAUUGCCGCAUUACUUUUGACUUUCCUCCCAUAUACUAUUUACUUCUUGCUUAAGAUACCCCUUAGUCCAUAAACUUAACCAUCGCACUUUUACAUACAUCAACAACCAGUUAAAUACAUACAUACCAUAUCCUACAAUCAGUAAUCUUCCAAAUCGCAAUCAUGGAUAAGAUCAAGGCACUCCUUCACGGCACUACUCCGGAACACGAGAAGGAAGUUAAGGAAGAGAAGAAGGCCGAGAAAAUUGAGCAAAAGGAGGAGAAGAAGGCUGAAAAGCAUGGAGCUGCUCACUCAAACGGUGGCGAAGGAAGCCAUCUCGCAAAGGGCCCCCACUCUGAAACCCACCCACCCGCAGUCACCGAUGCCAGCCACGCAUCCCAUACCACCCACGCGAAUCCUACAUCAGCAGGUCUAAGCCAUACAUCAGGAGGACUUGCUCAGGACAACGUUGCUCACAGACCUAGAGACUCUGAAUUUGGUUCAACUACCACUGGACCAAAUACACAUGCCCAUGGCAUCGAUUCCGCAACUCGCACAAAUGAAGCCGGGCUUACAGGACACAACACUAGAGAUCCUCUCUCAUCACACAAUGCUGGUAUUCCAUCAAACACCACUUCUGGCUUGGGUGGUGUUACUAGCAUUCCUUCAGGAAACGGUUUAGAUACUCAUGGUAGAGAUAACAUCGGUAGUCACGGAAAUUCCCACCUUGGCAGAGAUGCAGCCAUUGGAAGUGGAGCAAUUGGUGCUGCAGGGUUAGCUGAACAUGAACACCGAAAGCAUGAAAAUCCUAGUCUUGGAUCCCACCCAACUCAUGGACAUGCUGAGGGCUCUCACGGAAUACACAACUCUGCUGCAUUGAAUGCCGCUGACCCAAGAGUCGAUUCAGAUUUGGAUGGAAACCGUCUUCCGAACAAGACUGCAUCUGGUUACGGUACCAAGGAUGCUUACGGUACAGCCACAACUGGCUCUUCAGGACACCACUUAGGUCGUGAUGCUGCCGCAAUUGGAACCGCAGGAGCUGUUGGAGAGGGCGUUCGUCAUCAUAACAACCAACACAGCCAGGGUGGUCUUCUAGGAACUACUGGACCUCACACCACUGCGACUGCAAAUCUUCUGGACCCUCAUUUGAGUGGUUCCGGAGUUCGUACUGAAGAUGCUCACACUCAUCACGGACAUGAAUCUAGAAGUUUAGUUGAAGGUGGUGGCGCUGAAGAGGCUGACGGUGUACACGGUAGUAAGGGCACUUCUGCUGCUGCUGGCGUAAUCCCAGUUGGAGAUUAUGAAGCUGGCCAUGGCCAUAACACCACUGCCGGACCACACACGUCCAACUUAGCCAACAAGGCAGACCCACGAGUAGAUAGCGAUCUCUCAAAGCAACAAAACCACCAUUAUGGGCGUGAUGCUGCUGUAGCUGGAGCUGUUGGUGGAGCUGCAUACGAAGCUAACAAGCAUCAUCAUAACUCCGCUAACACUACUGCUGGUCCUCACUCUUCAAAUAUUGAGAAUAAGGUUGACCCAAGAGUUGACAGUGAUCGCUCAAGAGAGCAACAUCACUAUGGACGGGAUGCUGCUCUUGCUGGUGGAGCCGGAACUGCCGCAUAUGAGGCUGACAAAAAUCACCACAACACAUCACAUACUACCGCUGGCCCCCAUUCCUCAAACCUUGAAAACAAGGUGGAUCCAAGAGUCGAUAGUGAUCGCUCCAAGGAAGGUCACCACUACGGUAGAGAUGCCGCCCUCGCAGGAGGGGCUGCGGGAACAGUUUACGAAGCCAACAAGCAUCACAACAGUCAUGGUCUUGAUCAAAAGCCUGUGGGCAAAGAUCUCGGGGAUAAACUCCACGGCGCUGAGAGAAACCGUGGUGUCAACGGACCUACUGGAUUCCCUCAUGAGAGCGGACAUUCGGUAUUAGCUGGUCCGGUAGGAUCUGGUGUUCCAGGAGCUCCUCGCGGAAAUGUGCAAGUCCCUGACAACACCCACGGCUAUAACCCAAACGCUGAGCACCCAGUUCAUAAUUCCACUGGCCCUGAUCAUAUCUUCACUGCUCCAGUCAUGGAUGAUCCUGCGGCCAAUGCUGCUCUACGAGAGGGAAAGAUUGACCAACAUGAACAUCGCCCCGGAGAUGAAGGCGUUAGAGGAGUUGGACGUGAUCACGGUGGUGAUCACAGCUUCUCUACCGGUGGCGGACAUGAGCACAGCAAGAGUAGAGGAUUAGAGAAUGAAAUUCACUCUUCCCCAUUGGGCAACACUUCAGGCUCUGAUUUGAAGCACGAUAAUCUAGCUGGUCACAACACCACUUCUACCGGUACUACAGGCUUGAACCACGGUUCUGGACUUACCGGUCACAACACCGCAUCUACCGGUACCACAGGCUUGAACCACGGUUCUGGACUCACCGGUCACAACACCGCAUCUACCGGUACCACAGGCUUGAACCACGGUUCUGGACUCACCGGUCACAACACCACUUCUUCCGGUACCACAGGCUUGAACCACGGUUCUGGACUCACCGGUCACAACACCACUUCUUCCGGUACUACAGGCUUGAACCACGGUUCUGGACUCACUGGUCACAACACCGCAUCUACUGGUACCACAGGUUUGAGCCAUGGCUCCGGUCUUCACGGAUCCGGUUUGACUGGUUACAGCACCGGUUCUUCAGGUAACAACGUUACUGGUUUGAAGCAUGACAUUGGUUUGACUGGAAACAACAACACUUCCACUGGCACUACAGGCUUAAGUCACGGUUCAGGUCUCACUGGACACAACACAGCCUCCUCUGGUCUCAACCAUGACUCUGGCUUGACCGGAUCAACCGGUGCUCAUGGCCUCUCGGGCGAAAACAGAUUGGGAGAGACUUCUGAGUUUGGAAGCACCAACAAUCGAGUUUUGUAA